AUGGUACAGGAAGCGGCGCCUGCCCGACUCGGACCGAAUCGCCGGCGUGAUAAGGUGGUCGGCGUUACGGGUGAUACGCUGGUGGACGUCCCUGCGUGUGACCAGGCCACCAGCAAUACAUUCGGUGCAGCACGGGACGCGGCGGACGCAGUGAAUUGGAGCUGCUGGAGCGACUGCUGGACGGUGCCAUGGAGGCCACUUUCUCAGAGAGGCGACACCUCAUCGUCAAGAGGAAAAUCCCGAUGGCCACCAUCCGUCGUCGAUGAAAACAAAGUCUGGAAAGAGCUGAGUCGGAUAAAAAAUGCCGACUUGCAGGACACCAACGAGUUGGAACUCUCCCGGGAAGCCAUGACCCCGAUUGUGGCCAAUGGCGAAGGUGAAAGAGCAGCUGGAUGCCUCACAGAUGACGAUGCGAUCGACCAUCUUCUCUGCACCGUGCUAAAGAGCACCAAGUUGUGUUCACAUCGGCGCCGCAGCCACGGCCUCAUGUGGCGGACGACUUCCACGCCAUAGAGGGCGUGCCAGCAGUGCAGUUUAA